AUGAGUUUUCAAUUUUCCCUGACGAUCAUGCUUUAUUUCCAGAUGGUGAUUAUGGCAGGGACUGUAAUGCUGGCUUAUUACUUCGAGUACACGGACACGUUCACUGUGAAUGUCCAGGGCUUUUUCUGCUUUGACAGUUCCUACACCAAGCCCUAUCCAGGACCUGAUGAGAACAGUGAUAUCCCCCCAGUUCUUCUCCUCUCUCUGGUCACAGGGGUACCAGUACUGGUGAUAAUCGUUGGAGAAACUGUAGUCUUUUGCCUACAGGUAGCGACGAGAGACUUUGAGAACCAGGAAAAAACUCUUUUAACUGGAGACUGUUGCUAUAUUAAUCCACUGGUGCGGAGAACUGUCAGAUUCCUUGGGAUUUAUACUUUUGGACUAUUUGCUACAGAUAUAUUUGUAAAUGCUGGACAAGUUGUAACAGGGAACCUGGCACCACAUUUUCUUACAGUUUGUAAACCGAACUACACAGCACUUGGUUGCCACCAUCUUACACAGUUCAUCACAGAUGCCAAUUCGUGUACUGGAAAUCCAGAUCUUGUACUCAAAGCAAGAAGGACAUUUCCAUCCAAAGAAGCAGCUCUCAGUAUAUAUGGAGCAAUGUAUCUGGCUAUGUACAUUACCAGCACCAUUAAAACCAAAGGGACACGACUUGCCAAACCUGUCCUUUGCCUGGGCUUGAUGUGUCUGGCAUUCCUAACUGGAAUAAACAGAGUGGCAGAAUAUCGCAAUCAUUGGUCAGAUGUCAUAGCCGGGUUUCUUAUUGGGAUAUCAAUAGCUGUGUUUCUGGUCGUCUGUGUGGUUAACAAUUUUAAGGGAAGGCAGGCAGAACAGGAAAAAUCACCCAUUGAUAAUUUGGCACAGAUGCCAAUGAUCAGCAUUCCCCGGGUAGAAAGUCCUUUGGAAAAGAAAACCAUUGAAGGUGUGUUAGAAAUGUGA